AGCUGGGCAGAAAUUAAUCACAAAGCAAAGCAAAAGAAUUUCUGUCGCUCGUCGGUUUUUGGUACCGAAAGACGGCGCGCGGUGUCGUACUUUUCUCCGUGUUCGUGUGAAAUGUCUCCGUGUAAAAUGUCGCCCUUUGCGGAAAGAUGAAAGUUAGUGCCUAGCCGACGCGGUACGUUCUUUUCUUUUUCCGUUUUAUUGUCCGUGUGUCCCCCGGAGUAUAAAAAAACGGCAGCGGAGGUUAUCGGUGACCCCGGGUGGGCGUUUUUCCUGUCCCGUUUUGGUUGUGCUCGGCGGUGAAGCUCGGCUUUGUUUAGCCUGUGAUACGCAUAAAACAAAAGAAUCCUGAAAAUUCUAUAAAGUGUCCCCAAAGGCGUGCAGUUUGUGCGUUUCGCACGUCAUCUGAAGGAAAGAGAAAAAAAGCACAAGUGCGCUCCAGUGCGUGUGGAGUCCCAUCGGAACCAGCAAUUGUCGGAUCGCCGUUUUCCGGGAGCGAAAGAAACAUAACAAAAACGGGUUAAGAAAAAAGGGGAAGUAAAGGCGACCGACGAACAGCAGGGGGCAUGGUCGGACAGAUCGUGUAACGUGCGUGGCAGAGAAACGGGGAAAGAAAAUAUUUUUGGGUGCCAGUGAUCUUGUCCCUUGGUGGUGAAGGCUGUGGCGACGAUUGUGGUGUUGUGGCCGGUGGCAAAGCGUACUGACUGAAGGAGAUUUUUCACUUUUCCUCUUCCCAUAACGAACAACGCAUUUCAGCAUGGACGCUUCAAUAAUUACCGUACAGGCACAGUACUCUUUCAAGGGUUCGAACAACGAUGAGCUGUGUUUUAAAAAGGGCGAUAUCAUAACAUUAACACAGCGUGAGGAAGGUGGCUGGUGGGAAGGAACGUUGGGCGACAAGACGGGAUGGUUUCCAAGCAAUUAUGUGAAGGAAUACGUUGGACCAUUGCCACUGUCCGAAACAAUACGUCCUCCGGAGGAAAUACAGGCGUUCCGAUCGGUUGUCUUCCGUGAUUUGCUGGAAAGUGAAAAAGCUCAUGUUGCCGAGUUGCGGGGAUUGGCAGAAAACUUUCUGGAACCCCUGGAAGCCAGCCAGAUACUCUCUUCCAACGAAUAUACACAGCUAAUGUGCAACUUUCUCGAGGUGGUUGAAAUGCAUGAGGAGUUUUUGCAAACGCUGGAGGACUGCAAUGAUCGUGUGGGGAAAGUGUUCUUAUCGAAAGCUCCAACGAUGAAGAAAAUACACCAGUUUUAUUGUGCCGCCCAUCCCCGUGCCAUAGUAAUAGUUGAUAAGUUUCGGGAGGAACUGAAUGUGUUCAUGGAAAAACAAGGUGCGGCCAAACCGGGUCUACUGGUUCUUACUACAGGUCUGUCUAAGCCCUUCCGGCGUCUAGACAAGUACGCCGCUAUACUGCAGGAACUCGAAAGACACAUGGAGAGCGGACACCCGGAUAGGGGUGAUACCCAGCGAAGUAUUGCCGUGUACAAGGACAUUGCCUCGUCCUGUUCGGCUACACGGCGGCAGAAGGAGCUAGAGCUACAGAUAUUGACCGGGCCGGUACGCGGUUGGCAGGGUGCAGAAUUGAGUUCGCUCGGUGACAUCAUACACAUGGGGAGUGUAGCUGUCGGUCCGGAACACAAGGAUCGAUACUUGGUGCUGUUCCCGCAGACGCUGCUAAUAUUAAGCGUAAGCCAACGGAUGAGUGCUUUCAAGUACGAAGGAAAACUUCCGUUGACGGGAAUAACUGUGAAUCGUUUGGAGGAUACAGAUCAGAUAAAGAAUGCGUUUGAAAUCAGCGGUACAUUGAUUGAUCGUAUCGUUGCCGUGUGCCAAGGUCCCAGUGAGGCCAACCGGUGGGUGGAACUGCUUAGCCCCAAGUCUGGUGUGAUCGAACAGAGCAGUACAGGAGCGUUGGACAUGAAACGUAACGUUAGCAGCUCGGCAGUGAAUAUUCCUCAACCUCCACCCCAUAUGUCACCACCGCCCUCAACAACCGGAAACAGCCACCCGUCUCGGAGCGGAACGUCCAGCAUCGUGCAGCACAUGUCGCAACACAAACGCAGCCAAUCGUUCAACCACCAUCUGAGUUACAAUCAAGUUCAGCAGCAACAACAGCUCCAACAACAGCAACUAAAGCAACAUCAACCGAAUCCAAGUCUGUUAGCUUCCCCGAACUCCCUGAACUUAAAUCGUCACGAAGCAAAUCAAGCGGCACUAAACCAAAAAGGUUUUUCGGAAAAAGCUAAUUGGAAUAUUACAAACCUAAGACCGGCACCUUCAUUGCGUCCAGCAUUUUUGAGCUCGGUAGCCGUCAGCAGUGCUGGUGGUGCUGGUGCAGGCGGUACGGGAGGAGGACGCAGUGCGACGGCGAGCAUUACUGGAAGCAUCGGAGGUGCUGCGGCCAGCUGUGUCGGUGGUGGCAACAGCGGUGGAGGAAGUACUAUUUUGAACACUUCCGAUAGCGUGCAUCACAGUUUGUCUUUCAGCUCCAGCUCGAAGGUGUCACCCACCUAUGAGGAGGAUGCAUUAGUUCUUCGCGUCAUUGAAGCAUAUUGUGCCGCUUACCAGAGCACCUCACGCAAUACGAUGCACUCAGCACUGCUACCGUGGACACCGUGUUUACCAAUCCGUGGAGGAAAGUUAAAAACAAGCAAACACUUUUCCUCGUCCAAUCCUCAACUACCUUUCACGUGCUCCUCACUUUCAUCCUACCUGCCGAGUGGUGGCGGUAUCAAGAACAGCAGGACACAUACAUCGACGAACAGCAUUAACUCGUCACACAUCUGGCGGGAAGCCAGUCCGAACAGUUUCAAUCUUUACGCUGCAUCCAUCGCGACGCUCAACACAGCAAACGGUGUUCAGCCGUCACAGCAGCACCAGCAACUACUGCACCAGCAACAGAACCAACGCGCUAGGUAUUCGAUCGGUGGCUACGGAAGUACCGAGUGGCGCUCCCAUUCGGAAGAGUCUGGUCGCAAUGCAAAUGGUGGAGCGCGCAAUAUUAACACGUUUAAGACUGCAUCACCAUCCACAGCCUAUCAUAAUCCGAUCGCUCGAUCGGGCUCGAACUACGAUAACAUUUUCAUGAACUCGAACACUAACACACCGCUGCUGUCGCGCGUAUCGAAACAACAAACCGUGUGGAUGAAUGCGAAUCAGGUCCCGGGUGCACCAAGUUUAAACCAUUCGUAUUAUCAGCACCAUCAUCAUGCGCCACAUCACCAUCGGCACCGGCAUCGGACUACGAGUCGCGAACUGGAUGCGGUCGUUUCCGAUAGAGACACCAGUCCACCGCCGCCCGCACCGGAAGGUGGCGAAUACAUCGGUGACUAUCUGCCAAUGGGACACGCGUCCACCGGUACUAGUUCGUCGCUGUACGAUCGCCGCUUGAACCGAUCGUUCGAGACGGCACAAGGUUUGAAGAGAAAUUCAAAAAUAUCACAACUGCGCCGUUCGACGCCACAGCUAAACGGUGACGAUUUAGAAAACGAUGCUGAAGGGACACGAGGUUCGGCAAUGCAGGAAGAUAACUUACGCGACGACAUGUCGCGCAACUCGGUGUCAUGCUGCAACAAGCUGUGGAUGUUUUACUGGCAGCAUCACCGAUAGGGACGUUAGAUUUUGUAGUCAUCUAGCAGAAGUAUACACUGUAUAGCAGUAACAAGCUUUUCGUUCGUGCCAUGUCAAAAUGUGUUGCCGUAUGGAACUGACUUACACUUAGGCUGUUAUCCUGUCGCGUAGCGAAGGAUAUUCCUUAAAUUGGAUCACAUUUAUUCAACUGUGUAAUAGUGAACGACCAAUACUAUCCGUCUGUAGGAGUAUCCUCAUUGCAAGGACCCUAUACACAUCAAUCAUGCACUAUUUUAUACGCUAUAUUUAAAACCGAACGUUGUACAGGGUAAACGAUUUAACAUAGUAGUGUAUGUGUGUAUGUGUGUGUGUGAACUGAUAGGAUCUUUGUUGUUGAUUAGUUGUGUUGCAAUGAUCUGUGCUAUCCUCGAAGGGUCGUGUUCUAUGCAAGGGCUUGCUUUAUUAAUCCGUCAGCUUGCCAAGGCUUGCAAACUUGGAAUUGAUACACUCAUAUACCACUAUUACUUACAUCGAAAUUGGCCUACCUUAUAUAAGGCAGUUUUUGUUUGUUUGUUUUUUUGCAACGCCAUUGGCCGUUUGGGUUCAUUGGCGCUAAUUAGCAAAAUAGAGCUACUGAGCAGUUAAACUGCAUAUACUCCGUGUUGCUUGUUGUGGAUAUAUACAAUAUAGAAUUAGCCCUAAAGGGUAGGAUCGGUUGAGGACGUGGUUUCCAAAUUCAGCGGAAGGCAGAUAACUAACCUUCGGUUAAAUUGAUGAUAAUAAAUAAAACAAUAGAUACGCUACCUAUACAACACAGCACAUGAACAGCAUGUUAGAGCAUUGAUCGUUAGACGUCUGCUAUAUAGUGGUCUUUCAUUUAUCACUAGUAAAUUUAAUCUCAUCACCUCUUGAGGGAAGUAUAACAAAAUGUUGUGAUAUUAGAUGAAGUAAAGGAUGUGUUCUUUUAUUAUUGUAAAAUGUUCUAUUCGCAAAAAGUCUCUGUAUAUGCCUGUAGGCAGCUAAAUGUGCUGAGAAAUGUAGAUUUAUUAUUGCUUUCUGAUUGCUUGAUGAGCUUUAUUGAUAAAUGUUUUUAGAUCAUCUUAAAUUCGUUUCCAAAUUAAUGAAAUCCCUUUGAUUAUUUCACUAUUGAAAAGGCGACAGGAACACAAUUGCAAUUCUGUGAAAGAAAGGGCAGUGUGAUGUGCAUAUCUGACAUACGCAGUUCUACAACGGUACGGCCAUUAGGGCGGACGAGUAGAUCUUCACCAACAGUGUAAAGCAAAUGUGUGGUUGUUUUAAAAGUUGAAUGAAAAAAAAGUGACUGGGUGGAAGUGACGAAAGAGAAUGUCGACCCAAAAGCAAAAAGAAACUUGUCUCUAUAGAAAUGCAAAAAUGCAUGAAGGAAAAAGUGUUCACAAAAGAUUAAGUUGGCCUGUGUUUUGGUGUUUUAUGGCAUGGUGGACAAAAAUAAAUCUUUUCCCUUUUUUUUCUUUUCGGCCUAAGCAUCAGUAAAACAAAUGGGCGUCUUUUUGGGGGGAGCAGUGUGUAGAGCAGUCUUAUUGUUUUCGAUUUUUUCGGCCGCUGCAAUCUUAGUGAAUCGCUGCCACGCCUGGGCGAUCAUCGUCGGCUGUCCAAAGCGGUAACAAAUAUUGCUUGCGCUUUAUUUCAUACAGCGCACCGCGGAAAUGUUUGUGGUCCAAUGGUUGUGGUUGGUCAAUUAAGAUUUUUAUGCCCUGUGUGCUCUGACGUGAUUUCGGGAGCAAUUUUCAGUGUUGUUAGCGUCAUUGCAAGGGAGAAGUAACGUUCUAUUACGUCAGCCAACUGGUAACACAGAGGAUCGACACCAAUGAUUGAUAUGAUUGACGAGGAAAAUGAGGAAACGUUGUAAAAUGGAAACAGAAAUUGAUUUAUCUCACUGUCUAGUGCAUAACCUACCGAGGUGUCAUAGAACUGAUUAUGCAAAGUCGUGUUUGCACACUAAUUUUCUUCCCUGCUCACCAUCGUACGUAUAAUUAAUGUGUUUCAAUUCUAUUUUUAUGGGUUGAAUGCGGUAGCGUUUUAUUUUAUCAGCAAAAAGAUAGCUCAUGAAUGGGUAAUUUCGUUUCGAGGUCGAAAAGAACGGUGGCUCCCUGUUGCUGUGAGAACACUACAUUUCUCUCUGUCUCUUGGUGUCGUUUAGUGUGUGUGUGUGUUCCUCCCCAACUAUUCACCCAAAAUCAUAAAACAAUGGCUAAGCAAACUGCCUGACGGAUGCUUCUGUCGUCGCGGCCACACUGAAGGGCCGAUCUAAAUCUAAAAGUGUGAAUAAUUACGCCUACGGCAGGCCGCCCGGGCCCGGGCGCACCUUCAAAGAAAUGCAUCGUGAAGGCUGGUGAACAAAUUAAACAUAAAACCGAUGCCGACGUAGAGGACCUCUCCGGCAUGAACUGACCCGAUUUUGUCCUCUUUUGGCGGCAUCGGGCAUGGUUUUUGGUUUUUUUGAAUCAUUCGUACAAUAAUGGGGUCAGUUUUGCUGGAGCUUUUGAGUUGUGUUUUUGAUUAUGUACUGCUUUUGUCCCGUUAUGCUGGUUUUCAGUUCAUAUUUUUCUCCUUUACGGUGUGCUGGAUUAAUGCUUUUGUAAUAUGAUAGUUUGUUUUU